AUGAUAAACCGGCCACCAGCUCCUGUCAAUGUAUCUGUCACACAACUGCGAGCCAACUCAGCAACUGUUUCCUGGGAGGUUCCUGAGGGGGACAUAAUAAUUGGCUUUUCCAUCUCCCAACAGAAGCAGGACGGACACAUGCAGCGAUUCAUUCGUGAGGUCAACACCACCAGCCGCUCUUGUACUCUUUGGGACCUAGAGGAGGAGACAGACUACAUCAUCCAGGUCCAGUCAAUUGGUCUCUAUGGGGAGAGCCAAGCCAGCAAGAAAGUUCAUUUUCGCACCCUAAAAAAGUCAGAUCGCUUUCCUUCCAACAGCUCCAACCAAGAUGACCCGACUGUGCAGGGACUGGACAAGUCUCGACAUCUACAAACAGGAGAAAUGAUCAUAAUUGUGGUGGUUUUGGUCAUGUGGGCAGCUGUUAUUGCCCUAUUCUGCCGGCAGUAUGACAUCAUCAAGGACAAUGACUCCAGCAACAAUAAGGAGAAGGCCAAGCCGUCAUCAGAAAGGAGCACACCAGAGCACCACAGUGAAGGACUGCUGAGGAGCAAGUUUCAUCCUUCUGUGCCAUCAAUCAACAUCAUUGAAGUUUGA